AUGUCUCACUUCCCAGCAGAUUGGGUAGAUCCGAGCACGGGCCUGCCGCAUCAGGCUGGGACGAAGAUCCUCGAAGCGCACAGCCACAGCAAGGCACUUAGCAACUUACUGCGCCACCCGAAACUCUUCCGAAUGGUGGAGUUGGUACUCGAUGACGUGGGCGUCGCCACUCAGAGCCUUCUCUUCUCACACGGCAGCAAGCAAGCCCUUCAUCGAGACCCGUGGUUUGUGCCAACCAACCCUGCAUCAACGAUGCUCGCAUCUUGGGUCGCAAUGGAGGACAUUAGUCCGAAUAGCGGCCCGCUUGCUUUCAUCCCAGGCUCCCACCGCCUCCCAUGGAAAUUGCUUGAUGGGACUGGAGACAUCUUGUUCGCGGAUCCGUACUUGUUGGAGAGGCGCACGGCGUCCACGGGCUUAGAUCCGGACUCGACCAAGCUCGCCGUCGAGGUCGACUCUGUCGGAGCGAUGGUGCUCCAGCCAUCGUCGCCCUGCGCAAACCAACCGAUUUGA